UCCAGAACUCAUUGCUACCGGCUUUUCCCUACCCACUUCCUGCGUCUUUCCACCCUGCCUUCGUGCCCGCGCAUGCGUGCGUGUCUUUAUGACUUCGAGAGCGAGAGAUGCCAGGAGAUGCGGUCAAAGAAUCCCGGGAAGAACGAAAGCCUACGAGCCGAGACAGCUUCUCCGGUGCUCAUCAACGGAGAAGAACCUCCCGCACCAAGUUGCGCAGAUACAGACUCUUCAGCUUGCGAAAGCAUUGCUUUUUAUGCAUGAAAGAGAAAUUGCCCACCUUGAUGUUAAGCCGGAUAAUAUUUAUGUCAAGAACGGUGUAUACAAGCUUGGUGAUUUUGGUUGUGCGACUCAACUCAAUAGCAGCCUACCUGUUGAGGAAGGUGAUGCGCGGUAUAUGCCUCAGGAGAUCCUGAAUGACAAUUUUGAUCAUCUCGAUAAGGUUGAUAUAUUCUCCAUGGGAGCUUCUAUGUAUGAGCUUAUAAGAGGGUCACCUUUGCCGGAAUCUGGGCCUCAGUUUCUGAAUCUUAGAGAGGGAAAGCUGCCCCUUCUCCCUGGCCAUUCACUGCAUUUUCAGAAUUUGCUUAAUGUUCCGCGUCUUCGUUUCUUUCAAUGGGACUUGUGUCGUUUUGUUUUUUGCUUUUGGGGAAAAUCGUCAAUUUUGUGGCUUUCUGAUGUUCUUGACUUCUUUAGGUCAUGAUGGAUCCAGAUCCAACCACCCGGCCUUCUGCAAAAGAACUAGUGGCUAAUCCAAUUUUUGACAGGAUUCGGAGGAAUGGAAAGACUUAAGCCAAGACAGUAAUCAGAUUUCACCACGAACAUAAAUAAUUAACUGCAGGCACGGAAUGUAUCAGUGACCAUUUGGGGGAAGUUGACUACGAAGGUAUUAGGAAAAUCUAGUGCCGAUUUUGCUUUUUAUUCUCUGGCUAAUAUGUGCACCAAUUUUUGUGCUAUAAUGGUGCCGGAUAGGUAAUUGGGAACAACAGUAGAAAUGUUGUUGAAGGCCUGACCCCAAGUGAAGAUAUGCCCUGUAAUGGAAAAGCCAUGUUCAUCACAGAGUCCGAAUGUCAUUUGCUAUCUGCCAUGAAGAAUCUGUGGGUGCUUGCUGUUCCUAUUGUUGAUAUUAUUCACUCCAAUUGUACAGACAUCUACUUCAAGCUCAGAACCAGUUCUAUGAUCUGUGGGGAGGUCACCUAUUUCAUUU